UUUUAUUCUAAAUUAAGAAGAGGGUAUUAAUAUCAUAAUGUAGCAUGCAUUUAGUACAGAGAUAGAAGUGGAAGAUAAAUAAAUAAUGGCAAUGUAUAAUAUGAAGUUGCGUUCCACCCACUCUUAGCUUUAUUCUUCCAUGCCCCCACCCUACGUCAGCUUCCUUUUACAUUCUUUCCUUUCUCUUUGCUACUCUCCUUUCCUUUCUUCUUCUUCCAUCAUUCUCUCCACCUAUCACUUUUCUCUCUCUUUGUUCCUUGAGCAAUGCCUCAUUGGUGAAGCUGAAGCAGAGCUCAAGCUGCUUCAACAACAAAUGGCUACAGGCAUAGUAUCAGUUUUCAAUAAGUUCUUUUCAAUCUGUGUCCUCCUUCUUCAUCUUGGUUGCUUUACUUUCACAGCCAAAGAUCAGCAUCAGCCACCAACCAGGAAACGCAAAGCCUCUCCUCCUCCUCCUCCUUCUUCUUCUUCAUCUCCAUCCCGUCUAAGAGUAUCCCACAAAGCUCUCUCUUCUUCUUGGUCAUAUCUCAAACGUAUCUUCUCCUCAAAGGCACAUAAACCUAUCUCACAAGCUCAAUCUCCAGCACCGACUCUUGCAUCGGCAAGAUCAUCUCAACAUUCCAUUGUCACCGUGGCCGUCCCUCAAGAAGAUCAUCAGGUAUCCGAUAUCACUCCUCCACGUAAAAAGCCAUCUGGGUCAUGUCAGGAAUCCGAUAUCUCGACCAGUAAUGGUCAGUUCUUUCCUCUGAGAAACGAUAUCUUUCCCUGCACAGCCUGUGGUGAAAUCUUUCAGAAACCUCAACUUCUUGAGCAACAUCAAGCUAUCAAACAUGCUGUAUCAGAGCUUGUAGAUGGAGAUUCAGGGAAGAAUAUAGUGCAUAUUAUAUUCAAAACAGGUUGGUCUUGCAAAGACAAGAACCCAGAAAUCCAUAGGAUUUUAAAGAUCCAUAACAGUCCAAAGAUACUAUCAAGAUUUGAAGAGUACAGAGAGCUUGUCAAAGCCAAAGCUGCAAGAAACAGUAGUACCAUAAAAAGAAGGGACGAGAGGUGCAUAGCAGAUGGUAAUGAGCUCUUGAGAUUUUACUGUUCGACAUUUAUGUGUGAUUUAGGCGUCAAUGGGAAUUCAAGCAUUUGCAGCCAGCAAUACUGCAGUGUUUGUGGCAUAAUCAAGUCAGGAUUCUCACCCAAGUUGGAUGGAAUCUCUACACUAUCAAGCAGUUGGAGAGCACACGUGGCAGUACCUGAAGACAUUGAAGAAGAGUUCAGGUUUAUGAAUGUAAAAAGGGCAAUGUUGGUUUGCCGGGUCGUGGCGGGUCGGGUCGGGUGCGAGAUGGAGGUGGAAGAAGAAGUGAACAAGGAGGAUGGAGGGUUUGAUUCUGUAGUAGGGAGGGGUGGCAGUGGGGUCCAUACCAGAUUGGAUGAGGAAGAGUUGCUAGUCUUUAAUCCAAGGGCUGUGCUUCCUUGUUUUGUGAUUGUGUAUAGUGUGUGAGAAGGUGAGUGUGAUGAUGAUUAUGAUCAUGAUCAUGUAAUGUGAUGAUCUUUUUUUUAUUUAACUUCUUUUUCAAAUAUAUAUAUAUAUAUAAUGGGUUGUGAUUA